AUGACCUCCUCAGAUAUUGGCUGGCAAGUCUUGUGGAAAAUGUGGCUUGGCAGCCAACCAGAAAAAUCUCAAGAACAUCUUCAUUUACUUACGGAAAAAUACCUGCCCCAUUUAAUGCAUUGUUGCCAGGGCAAUGGCAAGUUCAGCCCAGGGCCAAUGGAAGUGGACAGCACUCUGUCUUCUUGCAAAUGGAUGGUUAAGCAGACACCAGAUAAUGCAAUCCAUACUUUAUGUUCAUACUGGAAGUGGAACUGUGAGUUUAUCAUUCCAAAUAUUAUCUAUCUGAAGCUGUUCUUUAUCUAUCUAUAUCUAUCUGGGACAGUCCUAUAUUUAUCCAAGACUGUUAUUUAUCUAUCUGAAAAUGUUCUUAAAAUAUUUUUAUCUAUUUAUCUUUGUUAUCUGUCUAUCUUUGUUCUUAUCUAUCUAUCUAUCUAUCCAAGUCUGUUUAUCUAUCUAUCUAUCUAUCUAUCCGUGAUUGUUAUCUAUCUAUUUUUUUCUUUUUUUCUUUCUUUAUUUUUCUUUUUUUUUUCUUUUUUUUUUUCUUUUUUUUCUUUCUUUUCUUUCUUUUUUUUUAUUUUUUUUUUUUUUCUUUUUUUUUUUUUUAUUAUUUUUUUUCUUUUUUUUUUCUUUUUCUUUUUUCUUUUUUUUUUCUUUUCUUUUCUUUUUUUUUUUUUUUCUUUUUUUUUUCUUUUUUUAUUUUUCUUUUCUUUCUUUUUUCUUUUCUUUCUUUUCUUUUCUUUUCUUUUUUUCUUUUUUCUUUUUUUUUCUUUUUUCAAUUUUCUUUUCCUUUUUUUUUUUCUUUCUUUCUUUUUUUUUUUUUUUUUCUUUUUUUUCUUUUUUCUUUCUUCUUUUUUUUUUUUUUUUUCUUCUUCUUUCUUUCUUUAUUCUUCUGUCUUUCUUUUUUUCUUUUUUCAUUCUCUUUUCUUCUCUUUUUUUUCUUUUUCUUUCACUUCAUUCUUUUGGUGUUUUUUGUUCCUUCCUUUUUUGUAUCUUCUAUUUCAUUCUUAG